UUUACCAUUUUCAGUUCCACGGCACUAAGUGUGUCAGCACAAGUUUGUCAGAAUAGUCAAUACACCAAAUAGCCCAGUUACGAUAAAUUUUUAGAUAAUUGUUAAGAAAAUCCAUAAAGCGAUAAUGGCCUCACAAGAGGAGGAAGAGAUCUACACAGAGGAUGAGACUAAUCAGGCAAUGUCCUUGCUUAAGGAGAAUCAACUGCCCAUGUCGGAGCUUCUCACGGCCCUCAAAUAUGUGCGCAUCCUGAAUGAUUCACUGAACCCGGGACACGGGAUCCAAGAUCCACCGAUUGUGCCAGUCCCGGAGGUGGCGCCACCGCCAUUCGACUGGGACGAGAAGGAGGACCAGCCCAUGAUCAGACAGUUGUGAAGUUGUACAUAUUUUACCAGUUGCAUUUUAAUUUUUCCGACUGCAACUAAAGAAUGGGGCUACCAGCCCCCGAAUGUUUUAUCUCAAA